GCAACCUAAAAUACUGAUAACAGUGACAAGGCAGCUCAAUAAUUUUAAGCAAAUUAGGAAUACUUGCAAUUUUAAUAAGAGCAAACUAACAAAAUCCAUGAAUCUAAUACAGAAAUAAAACAGAACAAUUCAAAUGUUCACCAAAUCAAAUCAAAACAACAGUAUAAUCAAAAUCAACCAUUUAAUUCAAAUCCAAACUCAGUCUUCCCAAAUUACAAAUGGGUACCCAUAAACCAAUCCACCAUCUUCUUUUCUACUCUCUCUUCCUCUUACCAUGUCUCUGUUGGACCGGACUUCCUGGGUUCGAACCGGAAGACCUCCGAUCAUCGAGCCGGGUAAAGGAGUUAUUCCAGCAAUGGAGGGAUGAACAUGGAAUGUCUUAUGAUCAAGUGGAGGAGUCAACGAGAAGGUUCGAGAACUUUGAAAGGAAUCUGAAAUUUGUUGUUGAGAGAAAUUUGAACCGGACAGGGUUUACGGUUGGGUUGAACCGGUUUAGUGAUAUGAGUAAUGAGGAGUUUAGAGAGAGGUAUUUGGGUAAGGUGAAGAGUCCGGUUGGGUUGGGUCAAUGGAGGGAUACGCGCGAGAGUUUGGUGUUGAGUUGCGACGCGCCGCCGUCUUUGGAUUGGAGGGAGAUGGGGGUGGUUACUCCGGUUAAGGAUCAGGGUGUUUGUGGAAGCAGCUGGGCAUUCUCUUCUAUUGGUGCUAUUGAAGGAAUCAACGCGAUCAAUAAGAAAGAACUCAUCAGCCUCUCAGAGCAGGAGCUUGUAGAUUGUGACAAGGAUGAUGAUGGCUGCGAUGGGGGUUACAUGGGUAAUGCGUUCAAGUGGGUCACAAACAAUGGUGGUGUUGGGGGUGAAGCUAAUUACCCUUACAGUGGAAGUGGUGGUACCUGUACUACCAACAAGAUGGAAAAGAAGAUUGUAAACAUUAAUGGCUAUGGAUAUGUGGAAGAAACAGAGACCGCUCUCCUGUGUGCAACUGUAAGACAGCCUAUAAGUGUUGGCAUAGAUGGAUCAUCUAUUGACUUUCAGCUGUAUACUGGAGGAAUUUAUGAUGGUGCUUGCUCGAGCAAUCCAGAUGACAUCAACCAUGCUGUUCUGAUAGUUGGCUACGGCUCUGAAGGAAACAAGGAUUAUUGGAUAGUGAAGAACUCUUGGGGCACUAGAUGGGGAAUGAACGGCUACAUAUACAUAAGAAGGAACACUGACUUACCAUACGGAGUUUGUGGAAUCAAUGCCUUAGUUUCAUAUCCUUCUCAGACAACUUUAUUAGCUUCAUCUCCUUACCCUUCUCCAUCUUCUGAUACUUCCCCAACACUUCCACCUCCACUACCUUCCCCACCUCAUCCGCAGCCUUCCCCUCCUACUGCCAUUCCUCCAUCUUUCCAAUCACCGCCUCCUCCACUGCCUUCCCCACUUCCUCCCACACCUACUCCAUCUCCUACAACACCGCCUCCUCUGCUGCCUUCACCUCCUCCCACACCUACUCCAUCUCCUACAACACCGCCUCCUCUGCUGCCUUCACCUCCUCCCACACCUACUCCAUCUCCUCCAACACCACCUCCUCUGCAGCCUUCCCCUCCCCCCGUUUCUCCUCCAUCACCACCUCCACCACCACCGUCUCAUCCUCCUCCACAUCCUUCCCCUCCCCCACCUCCCUCACCUAGUAAAUGUGGAGAUUUCUCAUACUGUCUGCCAGGACAGACUUGCUGUUGCCUAUAUGAAUCUUUUGGAUUUUGUCUGAUUCAAGGUUGCUGUGACUACACCAACGCUGUUUGCUGCCCUGAAUCAGACUACUGUUGCCCUCAUGAAUAUCCCAUCUGUGAUGUUUAUGGUGGAUUAUGCCUCAAGAAAUUGGAUGACCGCCUCGGUGCUGCUUUGAUGAGGAAGAAGUGGGCAAAGCUCACAUUACCCUGGAGUAAACCUGAAGAAAAUACAGAAAUGACUUAUCAGCCACUCAAAUGGAGGAUGAAUGGGUUUGCAGCAGUGUGAUGAUCUUAAUGAUUAUGCCUUUUUAAUGUUGUUCAAGGUAAAGUUUGCUCAUCUUUCCUCAAUCUGCUAAACAUUCAUACGAGUUAACAAUUGUUGAUCAUUAUCUCAACUUCUGCCUAUACUUGUUUUAACACGGCGAUAUCAUUGUAUGUCAUUCUUCUUUAGAAAUAAGUUGAGAAGAUUUGCAUCAAACAUGCAUGUAAAAAGAAAAUAAGUGUGUUGAGUAAAUGAUGUAAACUCAAAUUCAUGCUUAACAUAAUAAUUUUAUAUGCAGCAAUUAUUUCUCCACUGUUAGUAAAAGUUUCUUUUUGUUGGAAAGACAAGAUUAAAUACAUUGAAUUUUUAUAAUACAGCAUUUUGAGAUUCUAGGGGUUAACAAUCUUAACACAGUUAUGGAGACACCCAUACAUCCAUACAUGUUAGUAGACUGUAAUAAUGUGGGAUGCAGCUACUGGACCACCGUUUUUACGACCAUGGGCAAAAGAACAAUUAUGAAAAGAAGAAUCAGAAGAUCGAGAAGGUGCCCUUAGUUAUCAAACACACAUACAAGUUUUGAACUUUCUUCUUCAAGAAGUUGAAAAGUUGUAAUAGUUCACUUACUAUAACAUCACCCAAGAUAGCUUAGGGCCUGUUCUCAUGCGUUUACUUCAGUUCAGUUCAGCUCUAAUAAGUUCAGUUCAGUUCAACUC